GCAAGCUGCAGUGUCUCCAAAAUCAAGCAGCGAUUCAGGCCCUGCAGCAGACUUCACCUCUGUGAAAAGGGUGCGAGCAGAGCCGUGUCCGUGCUCUGGGCACUGCUGAGCUAAUCCCACUCCCUGCAACAGGGCGGGGAUGCAGCUGUAGACGGUACGGCCUGGGCCGAGGAGCAGAGACGGAAGGAUGGCUGCAAAGAAAAAGGAGGUAGUACUGCAGAUUAACAUCAGUAGCCAGGAGCUUUGGGAAGAAAUGCUGUGCCUCAAAGGACUCAUUGUUGUUGAUGCGUUUCAAGCCUGGUGUGGUCCAUGCAAAGCAGUAGUAGAUCUUUUCCGAAAAAUAAGGAAUGAAAUUGGCAGUCAUCUUCUGCAUUUUGCUGUGGCUGAAGUUGAUUCCAUUGAUGGUCUGGAAGAAUACAGAGGAAGAUGCGAGCCUGUCUUUCUGUUUUAUGCAGGAGGAGAAUUAGUAGCUGUUGUAAGAGGAGUGAAUGCACCAGUGCUGCAGAGGACCAUCCUGGAACAGCUGACACUGGAAAGGAUGGGUUUAGAGCAUGGAGGACAGCGUGGGGUGGUACAAGACAGAGCCUUCUCCAAAGAGGAGGGAAACAUGGCUGCUCUUCCAGAAGAACAACAGGAAGGCCCAAUAGGUAAGGCAGGCACAGCUGUAGGAUGCUCUUUGUGCUCUUACUAUGUGCCUUUGCCAAAGCUGGAACCUAAAUGAUGAUUCAGCUGCUCCUUGGACCCCAGAGGGACGGUUCCUCCAAACGGGCACAAUGUGGGCUCUUCCCCCAGCCUCUGACAGAUCAGUAUAGGAUAGUGUCACCUCAAACAGCGUAUGUAGACACAAAAACAGGCCAGGGUAGCUUGGGUGUCUGAUGUCAUCAAACCGGUAAGUAUUUUUACAUGUUUUAUGUUGCAUUUGUCAGUACUGACCCCUCUCCUUGCCUGGUGAGGGCUCUUGGACAUCCCACAUGCCUUGAAUAACUGAAAUACUGAACUUACUGCAGAUGCUGCUCAACUUUUCCAGGUGUUUUUUAAAAGGAAACACAAAAGCUUGGGCACCAAAUCUUAUUACACCAGCUCUUGCCUUGUCUAAAAUUAGCCACACAUUCCCAGAGGCUUUUGUCUCUCACCUAGUUUCUAACGCUUUUUCUUGGCUUUGCUGGGACGCAGCUGCAGACUGGUGCUGUGCACACCAAGUCCUGUGUUGCAGAAUGCUGGGAAUUGUCACAAAACCCACUUGGCUUUAGCUGAGGCACCAUGGGUCUGGAAGGGCUGCAGUGCAUGUUGAUGUCUAUCUCUCAUUUCUUUACCUGUUACUAAUUUUUUCCCUUUUCCUUCCCUUGGAGGCUAAUGCACCCGUCAGUCCCAGGCCCGCUUUCCCAGCCAUCAUUGUGGAGCAGAUGCGGGAUUUCUCAUUAAAUGAAAGGAUUUUGUGCAGCAGCAGUGUCACCAAAAUGGGAUAAAAGAACUUACAGACACCAAUGUGAUGUAGAUAAGCAGACACUCCUUUAUUAACAGCUGGUUGUGUAGGGGAGUUGUCUCACCAACAACGCACACCUCACUCAUGUAGCAUGCUGAUUAUAGAGGAUACAGUAAUAAAUAUUAUUGAAGUUCUCAUUCAUAAACAUUUUCUUAUUCCCGCCCCUUUCUGGUCAUGAACACUUGACUCCUGAAAUGAGUCGGGGGGCUGCUUUUUAUGACCACC